CAAAGUUUUCUCUGCUUUUUUCUUUCAAAUUUCAACGAUGCAGAGGUCAACCAAGAGACAUAAUCAAGAACAAACAGCUUCAAUGAACAAACAAGCCAAAUUUAGUGAUGAACAAGAGUUUUCAAUCAUCGACGUUGCUGCUUUAACCAAUGUGAUUACAGGUACUACUCAUACUUCCGCCAGUGCCACAAUUUCAUUACCUUGUACGAGCAUGUCCUACUAUUCUAUUGAGCCGCCCCUGUUUCAUGUACCGGCAGAACCAGAGCGUUGUCAAUUCUGCAAAAUAAAUGGUUGUUUAGGCUGCAACUAUUUUGGAACUGCUGUUGGCGAUAACAACAACAAGACAUCAAAGAUUAAUGUUGCAAAGAUGAUGAAGAAGAAGAAGAAGAAGAAGAAGAAUUACAGAGGAGUAAGACAGAGACCAUGGGGAAAAUGGGUUGCGGAAAUUAGAGAUCCAAGAAGAGCAGCCAGAGUAUGGCUUGGAACAUUUACUACAGCAGAGGAUGCAGCUAGAGCUUAUGACAGAGCAGCUAUUGAAUUUAGAGGUCCAAGAGCUAAGCUUAAUUUCUCAUUUACAGAUUAUACAUCAAUUCAACAACACAACAAUAUUACUACACCCCUGCAAGUGCAACAACAACAACAACAGGGAACUAAUACAGAAGAACAAUUCUGGGAUCAAUUGAUGAUGAGCGACAAUGAAAUUCAAGAUUACUUUAAUGGAGAAUCUUUUAAUUCUGCUAAUGGCUAUAUUGCUCAUAGCUUCUGA